AUUUAAUUAUUUAUCAAUAUUUUGGGAUUGAGUUUCUCAUAUGAAGGCGAGGAACUAUUUUGUUCGCUCUGAGGGAAUUCUUCUAACCACGCUCACGUGAACACGUUCAAGUUACUUCGUAGAAGUACAUACGUGAAAAACACGUGUACUUUACCAAAGCACCAGUGCACGGUACUGGCGGCAUGCAAAAAGAAGUUACAAAACAGUCGUUGUUCAGUAGAAAGUUCAUCAAAAAUUCUAUUCAUUAUGACAGAAGACAAGAACAAAGGGUAUUUCGCUAUUGACAAAUUGAUGAAAAAGGCAAAAACUGCAGAUGUCACUUUAAACGAUAUCAAUGAUGCAUAUGCGACUCACAGCGUAGUAUACGAGACGGGAAUGAAGAACCAUGAUUAUUCUGGACACAUUGUGGCUGCCAAUAAAUUCACACAAAAAUUGGAAGAGUUUGGGUUUUCUAAAAAUGUUCACAUAAUUGACUUGGGUUGUGGUACAGGUAUGGUUGGCGAGCAGCUGAACCAACAAGGCUACACAAACCUCGAUGGAGUUGAUCUAAAUCCUCAAAUGUUAGAGCUUGCAAGAAAAAAGGGCAUCUACAAAUCAUUGCACACAGGAGCAAUGGGAUCUCCAAAUUGCAAAGAUUUGGGAAUCAAUGCAAAUGAGUAUGAGGCUGCUAUAUGUACUGCAGUGUUAGCACUUGCACAUGUGGAGAGUGAAGGCUUAAAUGAUCUUAUUCAUGUGGUUAAACCUGGUGGUCUUGUAUGUUUCAGUAUAAGAGAUAUGCAUUACAACACCAAGAAAUGUAAUUUUCCUGAAAGCAUAGAGCAACAUUGUAAAGAUGGAAAUUGGAAAUUGAUUGACAAGCAUCACCAAGAAAACUAUUUAGAUGGAGACGGUGCUUGGUAUUUUGUCUGUCAAAUACAAUAAAGUAACUGGUUUCAUCUAUCAUUGAUUUUUUUAUAAAAUUUUUAACAAUAAUUUUGAACAAAAAAUGAGAAGAAGUAAAUAUAUUGAACAAAAAUGAAGUUUUGAUUUGAAUUAUACCCUAUGAAUAAUAAACUCUUAAUUAUCUUUA